GUAAGCUGCUGUCAGCCAAGACCUUUACUGUGUUUCUACAAUACAAUCACUGCAGAUCACAGAUUAUUCAAGACUCUUUCCCUUCCUUUUCUGGAACUAAAGUGCUUUUUGUUUCCGAGGAAGGAAGCAGGUGCUGGAAAAAUGGAGAAAAUAGCCAGGCUGUUCCCUUUAAACUCGUUUUUACCUCCAACUCAUGGAGUUCUGAAAUCUUUAUUGGAAAAUCCUCUGAAACUGCCUUUGCACUACGAAGAAGCUUUUGGAAAUGAAGUGAGUAAAGAAAAGAAACUGGAAGAUGAUGGUAGUGCCACUAUAGUCCCACAGUCCGCAUUCUUGGGUCCAACGCUUUGGGAUAAAAUGUUACCUUAUGAUGGAGAUAGUUUCCAGUUAGAAUACAUGGACCUGGAAGAAUUUCUUUCAGAAAAUGGCAUUCCUCCAAGUCCUACCCAGCAUGAACAUGGGCACCAUCAACAGCCUUCACAGCAAGCUGCCCCACCAACACCCUCAGUCAUGGACCUGAGUAGUCGUGCAUCCAUAUCUGCCCAGCCAUCUAUGGGGACACCAAACUGCAUGCAAAACCAAGUCACACCAGGUCAUGUACUGCCUUCAAAUCGUAACACACCAAGUCCAGUUGACCCAGAAAGCAUUCAGGUCUCUGUGGGUUACGAACCUGAUCCUGCAGAUAUUGCACUGUCCAGUAUUCCAGGACAGGAAAUGUUCGAUCCACGCAAAUGCAAGUUUUCAGAGGAAGAACUCAAACCUCAACCAAUGAUCAAAAAAGCUCGCAAGGUCUUCAUCCCAGAUGAUUUGAAGCAGGAUGAAAAAUACUGGGCAAGGAGAAAAAAGAACAACAUGGCUGCCAAACGAUCACGAGAUGCCCGUCGACUUAAAGAAAAUCAGAUUGCUAUUCGUGCCUCAUUCCUAGAAAAGGAAAAUUCAGCUCUCCGUCAGGAAGUAGCAGACUUGAGGAAAGAGCUUGGCAAGUGCAGGAAUAUACUUGCAAAAUACGAGAGCAGGCAUGGUCCAAUAUAAAAAGUGUAACAGUGAGCCAUUUCAGCUGAUGAAUAAUUUAUCUUUAUUGAUAGCAUCGCCCUUAAAUUAACCAUUCUGUAACUGGCACUUUACCAGAAGUAGAACAGAAAUGGAUACACAUUUUGUAUGGGUCUAAACUUCACUUUACAUCCUUCACUUCACACUAGAGUUACACCUUUUUGUCAUAAAAGGGUAACAUUAUUUUACCUUUUGGACUUACAAGUGUCAUUGUGGUAUAUAUUUUUUAGAUGUUACAGCUAGCCAUUUCAACUAUAAUAUAUAUUACAUUUCAGUGUAACCUUUUCUUUUUAUCUUAUCCAUUAGGGAGGUCUGACUUAAGUAAAAUAAUAAAAGAGCAGUUUGAGGACAAUAAUUAUCACUUCUCUGCCUUAAAGUUAUUCUGUACCAUCAAGUAUGUGUUAGUUACAAAGGUCAAUAUAAAGUUUCAUCAUGGCUCUGCCAGCUUAAAGCUGCUAAAUUAUUUAACUAAAACAGAAGACAAGCCUUUCUAACCUGUACUGUAGAAGUAAUCACAGAUGAUGGAGGUGUAAUAUCAUUGUUUUAUCACCUUCUACUAUACACUGCAUAGCAGGUAGCUCCUUGAAAACAACAUUUAGUAAAUUGUUAGGAAAAGAGGAUUAUAUGGCUGUACCCUGCAAUCCUCAAUGUAAGGUUGUCUUUAAAAGUAAUGCAAUCCUUGCCAGCACAACGCAUAUCUUCUUAACUGCUGCAUGCAUGCAACAUUUUGUUUCCUGAAGCAACAACAUUUAAGCAGUGUUUUACUUAGAAUAUGUAACCGAUUAAACAUUUUUAAAGUUGUCAUUUUUAUAAAUGCAAUGACCAGUUGCUGAAAACUACAAACAUAAAAAUAAAAAUUAUCCUCAGAUAUUUGGUUUCCAUUAAGUAUGCACUACAGCAAAUGGCCAUGUAACAACACAUGAACAGCUGACCAUGUUAAUCUUUUAAGGCUAAGUUACAUGUAUUAUUGUUAGACAUGAUGUCUGUGACUACAAGCAAACUGUACCUAUUCAAAUAUGUCUGAACUUAUCUGCUAAUAUAGGUAAACACAUAGUUAUCAGAAUACCAAUGAAUUAUAGUUUACUGAUUUAUUGACUUCUUCAAUACCUUAACUUAAUUUUUGAUGUUUGUGUCCAAAUUUAUAGUGUGCUUUAAAUGAAGUAGCUACAUUUGUCAGUAACAUGCUCCAUCUGGUUGAAUAAGCCUAUUGAAAUUACCUCUCUGUAUGUCCUCACAACUUAUGUAUAGGAUCACUGUUAAAAGAACUCAAAUAUUUUGCACUGUCUGCACCUUAAGCAAUAAUCCUGCUGCACACUGGGGCAUCCUGCAUGGGUAUUACUAGAGUGCAUAGGUUGAACACUUACCAAUACUUACCUACUGCACCAUUGGGUCAUCCUGCAUAAGCAUUACUAGAAUAUGUAGGAUGAAUACCUGCCGAUACAUACCUAAUGAACAUUGGCACAUCUUGUACAGGUAUUACUGAGUGCAUAGGAUGAAUAUCUAUGACACUUACAUACUUACUGCACAUGGGGGCAUCCUGCAUGGCUAUUACUAGAGGACAUAUAAUGAAUACCUACCAAUAUUUUCCUAUUGCACAUGGGGGCAUCCUGCAUGGGUAUUACUAGAGUGCACAAGAUAAAUACCAGCUGACAGUUACCUACUGCACACUGGGGCAUCCUGCACAAGUAUAGAGUGCAUAGGAGGAAUACUUGAUAAUACUUACCUACUGCACACUGGGGCAUCCUGUACAGGUAUUACAAGAAUGCAUAGGAUGAAUACCUCCUGAUACUUACCUACUGCACACUGGGGCAUCCUGCACAGGUAUUACUAGAGUGCAUAAGAUGAGUACCUACCAAUAUUUACCUACUGUACACUGGUAUUACUAGAGUACAUAGGAUGAAUAUCUUCUGAUACUUACCUACUGCACAUUGGGACAUCCUGCAUGGGUAUUACUAGAGUGCAUAAGAUGAGUACCUACCAAUAUUUACCUACUGUACACUGGUAUUACUAGAGUACAUAGGAUGAAUAUCUUCUGAUACUUACCUACUGCACACUGGGGCAUCCUGCACAGGUAUUACUAGAGUGCAUAAGAUGAGUACCUACCAAUAUUUACCUACUGUACACUGGUAUUACUAGAGUACAUAGGAUGAAUAUCUUCUGAUACUUACCUACUGCACAUUGGGACAUCCUGCAUGGGUAUUACUAGAGUGCACAGGAUGAACACCAUACAAUACUUACCGAAGAUUUCCUGUGCAUUUGAUAAACUGGCAAACAUCUGUAGAACAAAUUCAGAACUUUUAGAUCAACACUACUUGGGAAGUGUAAGAAUGGAGUCUGUUGUUGAAAAUCCAGGAACUUAAUGCCCACUUAAUUUUAACACUUGUAUCUUUCUGUACUGCAAGUCUUAACAUUUUCAAAAAAGCAAAGAAAAAAUGUAGUUACAUUUUUGUAAGCUGACUACUUGUGUGUUACCCUAGACUAUUUAUGUGUUACUCUUUUUUAUGACCACAAGAAAAUGAGUGAGUAGCUUGUUCAUUUUGCACCUAUUUCCUACCUGCCUUUAUUAACUGUCUGUAUUUGUUAAUGCAUUUUACCGAAUGGUGAUUCUUAAGAUGAAUGUAAAGGACACUGGUGUAUUGUUUAAGUGGCUGGUGUUGUCAUAAACUGUGGCUAAUCCAGUUAAAUUAAUGUUUACUGUUGACCAAAAUCAGAUUUUAAGUGCAAUGUUUAUGCAGAGUAAUACAAAUUGUCCUUUUGUACAAUAUUUUCAAACUAAAAUGUAUAUUUUAAGAGACAUAUAGAUAAAAUAUAUAGAAGUAAAA